AUGGAGCUUGACGGGCGCACUGUGAAGCGGCAGAAGCUCAGCAACGGAGUCGCAAAGCCACGGCGACAGGCGAAAGCAGGCGCUUCUCGCAUCUUCGCGCCAUACCGCACCGUCGGCCUCGUCUCGCCCACCGAGGUCCCAUUCACGAGUGUCCCACUAGGCAAGACCACCUUCCAGAUCACGACAUCGGUGGGCAGGAGCUUGCAGACUUACGACCUACGCCGCGGACUAAAUUUGGUCUUCGUCACCAGACCGCAGACUCCCGCGCAAAUCACUGCGACAAAGGCGUGGAAGGACAAGAUCUUUGCUGCUUGGGGCGGCGGCGGCGAUGCGACCUCGGAAACAGGCGUGUGGGUGUUCAAGCGAGGCAAAAAGGAGGCAGAAUUGGAAGUCCCGCCAGACUGCAAGGAGAAUGUGAAAGCGUUCUGCGUGUUUGGCUGCUGGCUCAUCGGAGUAUGCGACACGGAACUCUUGGUGUGGAAGACCACCGACUUGGAGCUGUACACCUCGCUCAGAGGCUUCUCGCCCGUUGCAUUCACCAGGUGCAUCUCCAGUCUCCCCACUUUCCUCAACAAGAUCAUCGUUGGCAGAGAAGAUGGCAGUGCUGAGAUCUGGAACGUCUCGAGCGGCAAGCUGGUCUACACAAUCUUGCCUCCAUCCACAGCCUACGGUGCCGUUACCGCCAUAGAGCCGACUCCCGCUCUUUCGCUCGUGGCCAUCGCCUUCGAGAAGGGUCCCAUCCUCAUUCAUGAUGUGCGCGCAGACCAGACCGUCAUCCAGUUGAACACACCUGCUGGAGCACCAGCCACCUCUAUUUCCUUCCGCACAGAUGGCCUGGGCGCUGGCGAUGAUGGCAAGUCGGCAGGUGUCAUGGCGACUGCGUCUACUGCGACAGGAGACAUCACGCUAUGGGAUUUGAACGACGGUGGGAGGAAGGCAGGUGUUCUUCGCGCAGCGCAUGCACAGCCGUCAGCCUCCGCCUCGGGUGGUACAAGCCGGGUUGAGUUUCUAGCUGGACAGGGAGUCUUGGUGAGUAGCGGACUCGACAACAGUCUCAAGUCGUGGAUCUUCGACGCCACUCCCUUCAGUCCAAUACCACGAAUUCUGCAUGAGCGACGAGGCCAUGGAGCACCGGUGUCAAAGCUGAUGUUUCUGCCAACAGCUUCGGAUGGCUCGGACGACACUGGGAAGUGGUUACUUUCAAGCAGCAGAGAUCGCAGUUUAUGGGCAUGGUCAUUGCGUCGAGAUGGCCAGAGCACAGAACUCAGUCAGGGUGCCAUUCAGAAGAAAGCAAAAAAGCAGGGCUUGCUGUCAGGCGAUCGUGACAGCUUUGCCGAUCUCAAGUGUCCUCCUAUCACCAGUAUGGCUUGUAGUCUCAAUCGUGAUGGUGGUGUGGGCGCCAUACCUGGCAAGCAUCCCAUCUGGCAGAACAAUGGCAAGUCAAAGCAGGUCAGCGCAGAGGUCCGUGCAAUGACUGGCUGGGAAAGCGUUCUCACCGCGCACGAAAAUGAUAGCAAGGCAAGGACGUGGUUCUGGGGCCGAAAACGUGCUGGGAGAUGGGCUUUCGAGACUGCCGAUGGCGGAAACGUCACUUCUGUUGCCAUCUCUCCUUGCGGAACCUUCGCUGUGGUCGGCUCUGAGAAAGGCGGCAUCGAUAUGUUCAACAUGCAAUCAGGAAUUCAACGACAACGAUUUCCUGCGAGACUAACGCCUAUGCAAGCAAAGCAGCUGCGUCUGGAUGUUGAGCGACAUGGCUUGGUUGAGGAGGGCGAUGGCAAGAAGAAAUUCUAUCGCGGUCAAGGAAAGCAUGCCGCAGCAGUUGUCGGUCUUGCUGUCGACAGUCUGAACAAGACCAUAAUAUCAGCUGGCGCAGAUGGCAAGAUCAAAUUCUGGGAUUUUCAGAGCGGUCUCCUACGAGGCCAGAUCGAUUGGUCGAGCUCUACGGGUCUUCUAAGCAUGCGCUUCCAUCGUGGCUCAGAUCUUGCCGCAUUUGCUUGCACAGAUGGAUGCAUUCGUGUUAUCGACAUCAGCACCCAGAAGCUUAUUCGUGAGCUGUGGGCAUCACGUUCACCAAUAGCGGAGCUGCAGAAGCUUACGAUCAGCGACUUCACAUUCUCGGACGAUGGUCACUGGAUAUCUGCAAGCAUGGGCCAGCUCGUCUUUCUCUGGGAUCUGCCUACCGGACAUCUUGUCGACGGCUUCAAGCUAAAAGCAGAUUGCAACACCCUCGCUUUCUCGCCGACAGGAGAAUAUCUCGCAACAGCAACGCAAGACACUGUCGGUGUAGACAUCUGGACAAAUCGCGGUCUCUUUGCCCAUGUCGCGACCCGAGCCAUUUCCCAGGAUGACCUCCUCUCAAUUAUCCACUCGACGUCGGCCCUGGCCCCAACAGCAUCAGGUGAAGGUGGUGAAAAUCUCAUCGCAGCAGAUGUCGACGACGAAGAGGACGAAGACAAUGCAGCCGAUGCAGCCCUCCUCCUAUCCGAAGAUGAUCCAGCCCACACCCUCUCAAACGACCUCCUCUCCCUCUCGCUAGUCCCCAAAUCCCGCUGGCAAAACCUCCUACACCUAGACCUAAUCCGGCAACGCAACAAACCGACCGAAGCCCCCAAGAAACCCGAAAAAGCCCCCUUCUUCCUACCCUCCCUCCAAAGCGGCGCACCAAAAACCUCAACAUCCCCCAAAACCAACCCAACACCCUCCGACCUCGAAAAAGAACGCACCCGAAUCGCAAAACUCUCCCACUCGGGCCAAAAAUCCCCCUUCACAGCCCUCCUCCAUCAAUCUUCCGCAUCACCUCACACUCAAACGCUCUUCAUCAACCACUUAAAAUCUCUCUCUCCAGCAGCAUCAGAUAUAGAAAUUCGCUCCCUGUCCACGAAUGAGAAUGAACACGAACAUAGCUUGUUCAUUCGCGCUCUCACCCACGUUCUCGAAACAAAACAAAAUUUCGAAUUGGUGCAAGCUUGGAUGUCUGUGUUUUUGAAGGUGCAUGGAGAUGUUGUGGUUGCGGACGAGAAUUUGAGGGGAGAGGUGGUGGAGUUUAGACAAGUGAUGGAGCGGGAGACGAAGAGGGUGAGAGAACUCGUGGGGGUUUGUGGGGGGAUGGUGAAGUAUUUGAGGGCUGCGAGGGUAUAG